GUGGAAGUGUACACAAUAAUUGUGUAUGGUUAAUGAAAUUUUAAAUGCAGAAAAUAUAAAUAGCAGGAAUGGCAACAGAUAGUGAUUUAGUUGACAUGUUGGAUCAAGUACCAAAAAAUAUUUUUCCAAUAAAAGCUUUUAUAUCACCAUCUAAAAGCCGAGAAAAACAAGAUAUUUUUAGUAAGCUAGAAUCUAUAAUAAUUGUUUUGAUUAAAAAUUAUUAUAAGUGGGAAGAUGCUCAAAAACGGGGCACAUCCUUAUGUUCAUCCAUAGCAAUACUAAAAACAAAAGCUUUUGAAACAAAGAUUCCAGCAUCCGAACUCAGCUUGUAUCCGGAUAAUUUACAACAAUAUUGUGAUAAGUUAGCUAUUAUUUUACGUAUUUGUGAAGAUGUAAUAAAAAUUACAGAACCUCUUAUAAAGCAAACAAAAGGAUUAGUACUUCUAAAUAAAAACUCAAAUGAAACCUUUUUUAGAACGUGGAGUAUAGAAAAUUUACAAGAAUUUAUAGAAAAAGUAUAUGAAAUGUACAAUAAGGAAAUUAUAAUCAAACGAACAGUUACAGCUGAAAUUGCUCAUUGUCAGAAUAAAAAUAAAUUAUUAGUGUAUGCGAAAGCAUGGGAAUAUCCAGAAUAUACAGACGAAGAUAUGAGACUACAAUUUAAUUUUCUUCGGCAAGAAAUAAAGGGACUCAUUAAGGUGGAAUGAAUCGUCAAUUAUCAACUUUAUGUAAUAAAUGCACAUGCCUUAGUUAUAACAAAUUCAAUAAUUUGUACAUAUUUUUAUUUAAAUAUUGAAUCAUAAUUAUUAAAAUUAACUAGAUAAG